UGCAGCCGUGGCUCACACUCCCCGUGCUGUGGACCAGGAACUUAUAAAGUCCACAGGCACAGCUUCCCGGCCAGUCUCCCGCGCUGUGAGGCCGUCAGCAUGAGGAUCUAUUACCUGGUCUUUGGGUUGCUGCUCCUGUGCCUGGUGCCUGCUCCAGGCAACGGAGGGAUCAUAAGCACAGUGCAGAGGUACUUUUGCAAAGUGAGGAGUGGCCGCUGCGCCUUGGUGAGCUGCCUCCCUAAGGAGGAGCAUAUAGGCAGCUGCUCGCUCACUGGCCGGAAGUGCUGCCGGAGGAGGAAGUGAAGGUCCCGAAACGUGGAGAAUGUUGUCACGUGGGAAGAUGCCUGCAUGGAGUUUAUAAAAGCAAAAUUACACACCUGUACAAUAAAACUGUACCAUCUCCAACCAGAGCUGGCCGCAGCUAGGCCCUCCUGCCUUUGGAUGGCAUAUACUCUCUACAAGGAUUGUUUGGAAAAAUAGCAAUUGGUAGAAAAAUAAGAACAAGAGUGGGAAAGACAAUUCCACAAAAAUAGCAAUUGGAGAUGAAGAAGCUGCUGUCACUGACGAUGCGUCGAAGUGUGUCCUUCACAAAGAUGUGACAUUUAAAUACAAUUAAAUUACAU